AUGAUGGCACACGGCUCCUACCCCACCGAGCGUAAUCUCAUCACAGCCGCGCAGUUCCUUCACCACGAGCUCCCCGUGCGACUGGCUCAUCGCGUCACGGAACUCGAAAAUCUCCCAUACGGCUUGUCGGAUAAAGCUCCCAUUCUCAAGGUGCGAGACUGGUAUGUGGACUCGUUCAAGGAAAUCCACCAGUUCCCUUCCGCACUCCCUGACCCUCGUUGCCCUCUUCUCAUGCUCAUUCUCUCACCCUCUCUGUCCGCUCAGGUGCGGGACUGGUACGUGGACUCGUUCAAGGACAUCUCCCAGUUCCCGUCCAUUGAGAAUGCCAGAGAAGAGAUGCGCUUCACGGAGCUGCUAGACCAGGUGAGGAUGCGGCACAACAACGUGAUGCCGACGGUGGCGAUGGGAGUGAGCGAGCUCAAGAGGGACAUGGUUGAGGGCAGCUCGAGUCAGGGGCUCGACAGCAUGCCCGAGAUCCACCAGUUCCUGGAUCGCUUCUACAUGUCACGGAUAGGCAUUCGUAUGCUCAUUGGCCAACAAAUUGCGCUCCAUAAACCGUCGCCGCCGCCACACUAUAUAGGUCUGAUCUGCACCAAGGUGUCGCCGGUGGAGGUGGCACGGAACGCAGUGGAUGAUGCGCGGUCAGCAUGCAUGCGCACAUACGGAUCUGCCCCCGACGUGCACAUAUAUGGCGACCCCGACCUCAGAUUCGCGUACGUGCCGGCCCAUCUGCACCAGAUGCUGUUUGAGCUCGUGAAGAACUCGCUGCGUGCCGUGCAAGAGCGGUUCGCCGAUGCCGACCAUGACCCGCCGCCCAUCCGCCUCAUCGUGGCUGACGGCAUGGAGGAUGUCACCAUCAAGAUCUCGGAUGAGGGUGGGGGAAUUCCGCGCAGUGGGCUGCCCAAGAUCUGGACGUACCUCUACACCACGGCCCACUCGCCCAUCGCUGCUGCCAACCAGCUGCACGAGAUGCCCACCGUCAUGGCGGGGUACGGGUAUGGGCUGCCCAUCAGUCGGCUGUAUGCGCGCUACUUUGGCGGCGACCUGCAGGUGGUGUCCAUGGAGGGCUAUGGCACUGACGUCUAUCUGCACCUCAACCGCCUUAGAAAUGUGCAGGAGCCUCUGCCCUAG